ACCAUAAUAUCCUAGAGUCUAUCACUUAGACCUAAAAUCAUGCAUUGAUAGAAAUAAUGUAAAAUAAUUUAGGCAACUAAAUAAUAAUCCCACUAAGAGGAGGGAUAUUCAUCUGUUUUAGCUGUGAACUUGUGUUUUUACCCUGGAACUCUGCAGCGCUUCUUAUCUUGGCAGUUAAGUUUUAGGUAAGGAUCGCUUCUCCCUUUGCUAAGAAGAUUAUGCAUUCAUUGAUUUUGUUUGGGGUUGGUUAGGAAUGGAGUUUAAAUAUAGAUUUCUGGUUUGGGAGAUGCUUUGUACACCCUUGUAAAGUAGGGCUUGGUAACUUGGGAUUUUUAUUUUUUUUGAUAAGCGGGAAACUUGGAAUUCAAUGGCCUUGCUAGGAAAAUGGAUUUGGAGAUACAAUUAUCAGUGGUUUAAAUAAUGGAGAAAGGUUGUAAUGGUGCAGUGCGGCUCUACAUAGGGGGAUGUGGUUUUCUAUGAAUGUUAGUUUGCCAUUCCAAAGCGACCCUUGAAAGGGUAUACGUGUAGGUUGCAGUGAUUUCAAGUUUGCUUCUUGGGAAUUUUGACAACUCUCUCCCAAAGCAAUGGAGGUUAUAAGUAUGAUUAUGCUACUGUUCCAUUUCUUGCUGAAAUUUUCAAGCUUGUGGUUUCUGGUUUGCUUCUUCGGAGGGAGCGUCAAAGAUCAUCUCUAACAAGGAUGACUACACAAUGGAAGAGCGUGUGUUUAUUCCUCAUUCCUUCUCUCAUAUAUCUAGUUCAUAAUAAUGUUCAGUUUGCUACCCUGACUUAUGUAGAUACAUCCACAUAUCAGAUAAUGGGAAAUCUGAAGAUUGUCACCACUGGCAUACUGUUCAGGCUAUUUCUUAGGAGGAAAUUGUCUUAUCUGCAGUGGAUGGCAAUCGUUUUGUUGGCUGUGGGAACAACUACAAGCCAGGUAAAAGGUUGUGGGGAGUCUUCAUGCGAGUUUCUUUUUUCAGCACCCAUCCAGGGGUAUAUGUUGGGAAUCCUAUCAGCUUGUCUAUCAGCAUUGGCAGGUGUUUAUACAGAGUUUCUGAUGAAGAAGAACAACGAUAGUUUUUACUGGCAGAACGUACAAUUGUAUGCGUUUGGUGUGAUUUUCAACAUGGCACGGCUUCUCCUGGAUGAUUUUACCGGUGGUUUUGAGAAUGGACCAUGGUGGCAACGCCUCUUAAAUGGUUACAGUAUUACAACAUGGAUGGUGGUGAUAAAUCUGGGGUCAACUGGGUUGUUGGUUUCAUGGUUAAUGAAAUAUGCUGACAAUAUUGUGAAGGUUUAUUCUACAUCGAUGGCAAUGCUGCUUACAACGGUUUUGUCUGUAUACCUCUUUAAUUACAAGCCUACAUUGCAGCUUUUCUUGGGUCUAAUAAUCUGCAUGAUGUCGUUGCACAUGUACUUUGCUCCUCCGAACAUGCUCGUGGAUUUACCCCCCACAGAGAAAGCAUCUCCGGAGAGUCUAAAUGAAGUAUAUGUUGAACGAAGAACAGAUUCCUGAGGAAUUCCACUUCUGAAAGUUGAAAACAAAGGCCACUAUUAGAUUCCCUAUUAAAAAGUGCCAACUCCAUAUUGUCCUUAUAAAUGCAGUUAUUAAGAUAUUAUCAAGGUGGGACCGUAAUGGGUCUCAUGGAGAAACAUCCAUGCUGGAAUCAGCGGCUUAUUUCGGACAUCUGGAUUAUGCCUUGGAAUCUGUAGUUGAUACAAAUGGAAGCAAUUUGGCCUAUCUUCCACUGCAAGAGAAUGAACUGGGAAGUAGGUAGAUCUUUCAGCGAUUAGCCGCACAGCAGAAUCUUUUUGGUAGUUUUCAGGGUUCAGAAACUUGAUAUCAGGAUUCUGUUUAGUUUUUUUCUUUUUCGCAAACAUUUUGACCGAAUAUUUUUGUGAAAUUCCAGUGGAUUGAUAACUAAUUGGGAAGUUAUUGCUGUGGAAGAGAUAACAGUACUAAUUGAUUUCCAAGAGAAUUCUUGAACUAUAGCUUAUGCGGCGAUAAUUCCAGAAGUCUUUUCUUGUGAUAU